UUUUUCAUAUCGAAAAUGCAAGUACUUGAUACCGAAAAUACGAGAGGAAGCCAGCGGACUGCGUUUGGUCGUCGCUUUUCUCUUGCUCAAUCAAAGCCCUCUCGAAAACCAAACGAAUCCGAUUUUCAACAAUUUCAGGAUUUUCGGGUUGUGUUUCUGGUAGAAAAACAAGCUCAAUUGGAAUCCAAUGUCCUUGGGAUGAUCUUCAGAAAAUUCAGUGUUCUGAUAUAUGGUUUCAGUUUUAAGUGAGCUUUGUCUCACUUGAAUUGCUGGAUUUUGGGGGUUUCUAAUCAAGCAUCUGAUCCGUGUAUUUGAGCGUUAUCUCCUUCAUCUGUGAUUAUUUGAGCUGAAACCGUUCACUUCUUGUAAAAAUAAAAUUAAAAAAAGAAAAAAAAAAAGAAAAAAAGAAAAAAAGAAAAAGAAAUCAUUUGUUGGGUCUUCAAACAGACAAUCAAUCCCUUGUAAAUCUGUUUUUCCCUCUUCUCUGUCCCUUGUGAUUCAGCACUAUGAAUGAGGUGAAUGAAAAUAAUCUCCGACGCAUCUCCAUGUUUCUAUGCUUCUGUUUCUUCCUCCAGCUAACCUCAGGGGCUACCAGUAAAACUUCUCCGCCUGAUUACGAUCCUCCUGAGAUAAUCCUCCUGAACUGCGGGGAAUGUUCUCAAGCAAAAGAUAAUGAUGGCCGCAGCUGGACAGGUGAUGUCGGGUCAAAAUUCACACCCUCUCAAAACACAAUUACCUUCAAAGCCAAUUCCCAGAACUCUGUGCCUCAGGUUCCUUACAUGACUGCUCGUAUAUUUCAUAACCAGUACACCUACAUCUUCCCCAUCAGCCCUGGCUGGAAAUUCAUUCGCCUCUACUUCUACCCAGCAAAUUACAGCAGUUUUGAUGCGUCUAAUGCCAUCUUCUCCGUCAGUACUGGUCAUUAUACUCUCCUCCGCAAUUUCAGCUCCUACAUCAAUGCAAAAGCCCUGAAUUUUGAUUAUCUCACACGUGAAUUCUCUGUUAACACAGUAGAUGAAUUCUUAAACUUAACCUUUACUCCAUCUCCAAACAUUUCCAAUGCCUAUGCCUUUGUGAAUGGGAUCGAGAUUGUCUCAAUGCCCUACAUCUUCUCUCAACCUGCCAGACUCGUCCUUGAUGAGGGGCUGGCACCUCAGCUGUUCCGGGUUUUGGAUGACACUGCCCUUGAAACAGUCAUCCGGCUUAAUGUGGGUGGACGAGACAUCUCACCUGUCGAGGAUUCUGGCUUGUUCCGUGCCUGGUUUGAUGACUCCCCAUAUAUAUACGGUGCUGGAUAUGGUGUGACAUCUGGAUGGGAUCUGAAAAAAACCUUUGAAUACACAGCUCACGUGCCUCCCUACACUGCACCUCAGGAAGUCUACUCGACCACACGGUCAAUGGGUCCUGACCCAAACAUUAACCGGAACUACAACCUGACAUGGAUUUUUCCGGUUGAUGCUGGUUUUCGUUACCUGGUGAGGCUUCAUUUCUGUGAGAUCAAAUCAAUUAUAUACAAGGUGAAUCAACGGGUGUUUAAGAUCUUCAUCCGCAAUCAGACUGCUGAAACAGAGGCUGAUGUGAUUGCUUGGGGAGGGACCAACACCAAUGGGGUCCCAGUCUACAAAGAUUAUGUUGUGAUGAUUGGUCAAGACACGUCCCAGGAACUGUGGGUUGAGCUCCAUCCGAAUAUAGGAUCCGGGACACAGUAUUUCGAUUCAAUCUUAAACGGCAUAGAGAUCUUUAAAUUGAACGACCCUGAUCUCAACCUUGGUGGGCCUAAUCUUGUUCUCCCUCUGGAUCCGCCAGUGAAGCCGAAACUGGUUAACAAAUCAUCACAAUCCAGGAAUUCAGUGAAUUGGACUCCAGUAAUUGUAGGUGUGGUGGGUGUUGUGGUGGCUAUCAUCGGUAUCAUAUUUCUUGCUCUUGAUGUUUCCCGCUGGCAACAGAAGGAUUCCUGCUCCAGCAAUGGACUAUCCAGUUGGCUCCCAAUUCACUCUGCCUCCAGGAGGAGAGAUUGGGAUGUGUUAACUGAUUCAAAUGAGGACUCGGAUCGCCAAGUUCUCUCAGAUCAUGAAACGAGAAAGUUGAUGCGAUCAACAGUUGCGGACAGUCCAUGAUGAUGGGAGUUUUUCUGCCUCUUUGGUCAAUUGCAGAAUCCGGUAAGAGGGGUUGUCAUACUUAUGAGUAUCAUCUCAUCACCUGAAUUUAGUACUUAUUUCUUUUAUCAUACUAAUUCUCUAGUAUAUACAAUAAGAUGUUUUCUGUUUGUAUUAUGUAUUGCAUUGGACGCUUCUCUUCUUAAAAAGAGUAGAGAAUGUGACAAAGUUGGAUUCUA